AUGGUUUAUUAUUUCACAGCCAAAACAACUACAACCACCAAUAAUGAAUUAUCUGAUUUUACAUUAGAUAAUGAAGAUGAUGAUAACACUAAUACACAUAUAAUAUAUAUGGGAAAAGAUAAAUUUGAAAAUGAUCCAUUAAUUAAACAUUCAAAUCCUAAAAAUAUUUGGUUUCAUGUUGAUAAUCAUUCAUCAGCUCAUUUAUAUUUACAAUUAACUAAAGAACAAAUUAUUAAUUGGAAAUCAUUUGAUUUAUUUAAAAUUGAAGAAAAUUUAUUAAUUCAAUUAUGUCAAUUAACAAAAGCAAAUUCAAUAAAGGGAAAUAAAUUAAAUAAUAUAACUAUUAUAUAUACACCAGUUGAAAAUUUAUAUACUGAUGGAUCAAUGGAUACUGGAACAGUAACUUUUAAAAAUAAUAAAAAUGUUAAACGAAUGAAUAUAAUAAAAAGAGAUAAUUCAAUUAUAAAUAAAUUAAAUAAAACUAAAAUUGAAAAAUCAACAGAAGAAUUUUUAAAAGAACAAGAUCAAUUAAUUAGAGAUAUUAAUAAUUUUAGAAAAAAACAAGAAAAAGAAACUAAGAGUUUAGAAAAACAAUAUUCUGAAUUAAAAUUAAAGAAUAAUGAUCCUUAUGGUGAUUUAUUUACAAAAGAAAAUUUAGAAAAUAGUAGUAAUGAUAGAAGAAAAGAAAAUUGGGAUGAAGAUGAUUUUUGCCCAAAGGGCCAAAUUUCAAAACUAAACACUAAAGAACAAUCAAAAACCAACAAGAACUCUACAGAAUUGUAUAAGAUUAAAGAUCCAGAGUUGACUAAAAUAAUUAUAAAUCAAUUAUCUAUUUUAAUUACAACCAUAACAUUAGAAAAUAUUGAUUCAUAUUUUAAACAAAUUCAUUUUAUAUUAAACAAACAAGAUAAAAAUCCAAUAAUUUUAAGUAAUUAUUUUGAAAAAUUAAUAAAUAUAAUAAAAGUUAGUGAUUUAAAAUCAACUUCAUUAACACCUGUCGAAUUAUUAAUUACAAAAGAAUUAAAUCAUUUAGCUAUUGAUUUAAAAUAUUGUGAUUUAUUUUUUUUACAUUUUGAUAAAUUACAACAACAUAUAAAUAUAAUAGAUUUUGUAAAUAAAUUUAAAUUUGAUUUAAUUUUAUCAUUUAUAUUAGUUGUUAAAUAUCAAAACAAUUUAAAUUUUGAUCAAGUUAAAAUUUAUCUUCAAUUAAAAUCAAUUGCAUUAUUAGAUUUAAUUAAAACUAAAAAAUAUCCAUCAAAUUUUAAUUGGAAUUUAUUAUUAGAUUAUAUUUUAAAUAAACCAUUCUUCCCAUUUUUAGGUAAAUUAUUAACUUUAAGUUCAAUAAAAGCUUUUGAUUUAUCAAUAGAACCAGUUAAUAAAUUUUAUCAAAAUAUAUUAAAAAUGUCUUUUAAAGAAUUAUUAAAUGAAGUUGGAUUUGAAAAUUUAAUACCAGAAAAAUUAUUACCUAAUUUAUUACAAAUUAAACCUGAAGAUAUUGAUCAAAGUAUUGCUUUAAUUUUAUCUGAAAUUUUAAUACCUGGUUCUCAAGGUUUAAAUCAUGUAAAUAAUUUACAAACGAGUUUACCAGAAGCUAAUGCAAAAGGUGCAUUAUUAAAAGCAAGUUUUAUUAAUAUAGAACAACUGAACAAAAUAAAUAUUAAUUGGUAUGAAGUAUUUAAUCAUGUACAUCAAAAUUUAUUUGAAUCAAAUCAAAGAAAUAUACAACCUUCAGUAGCGAGUGUUAUACAAUUUUUAUCAUCAUUAGAUUUCAAACAAGAACCAUUAGAUAUUUUUUUGAACUAUGAUUGGUGGUUUGAUAAAACAUUAUUAUAUAUUUUACAAACAUCAGAUGGAUCACAAGGAGGUUAUGAUGUUUCAAAACUGCAAAAUUUAGCGUUAUGUUUUGAAGAUGAUAAAUUAAAACAACCAUCACCACCAACCCAACAACAACAACAAAUACGUAGAAAUAUUUUAAAAUUUAUAAAUAUUGGGAAAUUAGAAUUACAAGUUAUAAAUAAAAUUCAAUUGCAAGAACAUCAACAAUUAUCAGAACAAGAUCGUAAAUUAAAUACUUUUUCAAAUCAAAUUUUUGAACAUGAUUAUAGAACAUUUCCAGAAUAUGUUUUAGCAGCUGCAUUAUCAAUGGUUGAAAAAACUCAAUUUAUUAAUGAUUUAAUUGAUACAUUAUUUAAUAUAAUAAUGGAUAAUGAAUCAACAUCAUUGCCUAAAAUUUUAAAUUUAUUACAAGAAAUUGGAAUAGCCGUUACAAAACUUAUUGAAUACUUAAGAAAUAGAAAUUCAUUUGAAGCUACUCAUAAAGUUAUGGGAGUAGCCACUAAAAAUAAUUUAGUUCAAGAUUUGUUUCAAAUCGUUUGGAGUACAGAUUCGAAAUUAGCAUUAAAAUUAUUAAUUGAAUCGAGCUUUCAUGAUUAUGAUUAUAAAAAGGAAUUGGAUUUGAAAUUAAAGGAUUCUCAACUAAUUUAUCAAACUUUAUUGGAAGUUUUAAAUGAAAGAGCUCAAAAGGAUUAUGAAACUAGUCAACAACAUCAACAACAACAACAACAACAACAACCGCAAACACUCCCACCACCAGUAACUUUACCCAUUUUGAAAAUUUCAACCACAUAUCACCUUUUAGAAAUCUUGAAAAGUAGUAACGGUUUAGUUGAUUUGGAGAAAUUAAAAAAUUUACAAAUUUUAUUGUUAACUACUUACCCAAGAUUAAUUAAUUUUGGUAAUGGAUCAGAUGAAGCAAUAUUGAUAAAUGAAUCCAAAUCUAGUUUUUUCCCACCUGAUGUUGAAUUGGAAAUGAAAGAUUACUACUCAAAGAUGUACAGCAAGGCAGUUGAUAUACCAGAAAUUGUUGAUAUCUUAGUUAAAAUGAAAACAAGUAAUGAUCCUCAUCAACAAGAUGUUUUUGCAUGUAUGAUUCAUUCAUUACUUGAUGAAUAUAAAUUUUUUGCAGAAUAUCCAUUAGCAGCAUUAGCUUCAACAUCAUUAUUAUUUGGAGCAUUACUUGAAAAUGAUUUAAUUCAUGGAACAACAUUAACUGUUGCAUUAAAUUUUAUAUGGGAAUCAUGUAAUCAACCAUCAGAAUCAAAAUUAUUUAAAUUUGCAGUUCAAUCACUUUAUAAUUUUAAAUCAAAAUUACAUGAAUAUCCUAUAUAUUGUAAACAUUUACUUGAAUGCCGUUCAUUAUCUACACAUUCUAAAAUGUAUCAAAUUGUUAAAGAUGCAGCCAAUGGAAUUCCAUGUGGUAAUUCUGGUACAACUCAAGUUUCAACUCCAGAUAUUGGUCAUAAAUAUCAAUCUAUAAAUUAUGUUGAACAUACAAUUGGAUCUAUAAAACAAGAACAACCAGAUGAAGAAGUUAGAGAUAAAUUAUUAUUUUUAGUAAAUAAUAUGACUUCUGAAAAUUUAAGACUUUCUGAAUUUCAAGAAAAUUUACAAGAGAAAUUUUACUCGUGGUUUGCUGAUUAUUUAGUUGCAGAUAGAGCUAAACAAGAACCAAAUAAUCAUACAUUAUAUGUUGAAUUAGUUAAAUCUAUACUGGAUCCAGUGUUCACUGAGUAUGUCAUGAAUACAACAAUAAGAGAAGUUAUUGAAAGUAUUAAAAUGAGUAAUGAUAAUAAAAGACAUAAUUUAAAAAAUUUAGGUUCUUGGUUAGGUAAAUUAACUUUAGCAAAUAAUCAACCAUUGAAAAGAAAUUUAAUAGCUAUGAAAUUUCUUUUAGUUGAAGCAUAUGAUUUUAAAUCAUUACCUUUAAUUUUACCAUUUGUUUGUAAAAUAUUAACUCAAGCUCAAUAUUCAAAAGUUUUUAAACCACCAAAUCCUUGGGUAAUUGGUAUAUUAGAAGUAUUAGUUGAAUUAUAUCAUCAUGCAGAUUUAAAAUUACAAUUAAAAUUUGAAAUUGAAGUAUUAUUUAAUUCAUUAGAAUUAAAAAUGGAUGAUUUAAAACAAAGUCAAUUAAUUAGAAAUCAUAAUCCAGAUCCAACUGUUUUAGCUAUAAGAUUUGGUCUUUUACCACAACCAGGUAAUAAUAUUACAAAUGAAUUUUCAAGAUUGAAUUUAGUUGCAUCUCAACAACCAAUAGGUAAUGAAUUACCUCCAUUUCAACAAGGAUUGGAAAAACAAUUUCAACAACUGCAUCAACAACAACAGCAACAACAGCAACAACCAAUAUUGCAACAACCACAAUCAAAUACAAUCCAACUUCAACAACAACAACCACAAGCUCAACCACAGGCACAACAACCACAACCACAACCACCACAAGCUGAACCUGGAUUGGAUACAAGUUUCAGUACUCUUGCAGGAAACUCAAUUUUCACACAACAUGCAAAUUUAAGAAGAGCAUUUCAAGCUUCAUUAUCUAGAGCUGUUCGUGAAUGUGCUAUUCCAAUAAUGAAUAGAGUUUCUGAAGCAGUUUUAAUAACUACUGAAUUUUUAAUUAAAAAAGAUUUUGCAACGGAAAGAGAUGUUGAAAAAAUAAGAAAAAGUUAUCAUAAAUUAACUCAACAAUUAUCUCAUAGUAUGGUUUUAUGUAGUGGUAAAAAACUAUUAGCUGAAACUAUUGAAGCAACAAUGUUACAAUUAUUAGGUAAUAAUCCAAAUGAAAUUCCAAUGAUGGAAUUAAAUAAUGCUAUUCAAGCUAAUGUUGGAUUAUGUGUUGAUAUAGUUGAUAAAAUUGCUUCUGCUAAUAUUUUAGAUUUAAUUGAAGAAAGAAUGAAACCAUACAUUUUAAAACGUGAACAAUUUAAAUCAGAUGAAACUUUUAUUGAAGAAGUUACUCCAGAAUAUGCUUUAAGAUUACCAGAACCUUUAGGUUUAAAUCCAAGAGGUUUAAGUGCUCAACAAUUGAAAAUUUAUGAACAAUUUGGUGAAUUAAGAGGUGAUCAAUUAGGUCAACGUGUUGGUCCACCUCAAGGCGUUUUGUUACAACCACAACCACAACAAUCACAAUUACAAGCACAACCUUCCCUAGCACAACAACAACAAUUGCCAACACAACUUCAACAAACCCAACAUAAUCAAUUAACUCAAGAUUUCCCAUUACAACAUCAAGCAUCAACAACUAUGAUUCAAGAGGAUGUUAUUACAUCAGAACAUUUAUUUACAGCUAUUACUCAAUACUGUGAAAAGGCUAUUCAAAUGGUUUCAGAAGUUUCAGAAAAUAAAUUAUCAGAUUUACCACCAAAUCAUCCAAUUAUGACAACAUUAACUCAAGCUUUAGCUAUAGCACAAUCAAAUGCAUCAAAAUAUCCUGAUCUUUUAUUAAAAUCAGCUCAAUAUGCAGUUAAUUGUCUUUUCACUCAAAUUCAUGAUAAUCCAAUGACUAAUGAAAUUUAUGUUGUAAUGUUGGAUAAAUUAUGUGAUUAUUCUCCAUCAACUGCAAAAGAUGUUACUUGGUGGUUAGUUCAUUCUUCUGAUCAAAGGAAAUUUAAUAUACCUGUUAUAUUAUCAUUAUUAAAAGUUCAAUUAAUUCAACCAAUAAAAUUAGAUGCUUCUUUGGGAAAAUUAAUUAAAGAAAAUUUUAAUCCUUCAGUGGUUAAAUUUAGUGCUAAUUUAUUAUAUAAUGUUUUCAAUUCUGAUGAUAUUACUCGUCCAAUUGCUUUAAGGUCUGAAUUUGCAAAUACAUUAGAUGCUUUAUAUGAAUUUAAGAACUUGGAAAUACCAGUCAAUUCAUCAGAAGAAGAAACUGAAGCAAGAAAUGAAGUAACUAAGUUAUUUGAUGCUUUAAAUGAUUCAGAAACUCUAACUUCAUUAUUAUCAAAUGAAUUAUUUACUCAAUUAGGUUAUAUCUUUGCAGAAUGGGUAAGAUUAUUAACUCAUGGUAGUGAAGAUACAAAAAUUGCUCAAGAUAAAUUUGUAUCUGAAUUAAUUGAUUCUGGUAUAUUGAAUAAUCCUGAAUAUUUUAGAUCAUUUUGGAAAGCUGGUAUAGAUAUAUCAACAAUUUUAUUUACAACAGAACAUGAAUAUAGAAGUAGAACUCAACAUGAAGCUUAUUUAUCAGUUGAUGCUUUAGCUAUAUUAGCAAUCAAAAUUAUUUUAGUUAUUGAUUCAGAAGAACAAGCUUUACAAUAUUUAAGAAAAAUUAUAUCAGUUAUUUCAUUAAAUUUAAUUAAUGAACAUGAAGAUAAUAAAACUACAUGGAAUGAAAGAGCAUAUUUUAGAUUUUAUUCAUCAUUAUUAUCAGCUUGGAAUGAUUCUUCUAUAUUAGAUGAAGAUGCAACAAAAUCAUUAGAUGUCGAAUUUUAUGAAUUUAUGGGUCAAAUUUUUAAUUCUUUACAACCUUUAGUGUUUCCAGGUUUUACAUUUGCUUGGAUAUCUUUAAUUAGUCAUAGAUUAUUUUUACCUAAAAUUCUAGAAUUACCUGAUAAAGUUGGGUUUGGUAUAGCUGUAAAAUUAUUAUCAUCAUUAUUAAAAUUUCAACAAACUUAUCAAUUAAAAGAUAAUAAUCCUGAUGUAUUAAAUGUUGUUUUCAAAGCUAUUAAUAGAAUUUUCAUUGGAUUAUUACAUGAUUAUCCUGAAUUUUUAGCUGAAUGUCAUUAUCAAUUAAUAACAGCUAUACCAAGAAGUUAUAUACAACUCAAAAAUAUUGUAUUAUCAGCAACACCACAAAAUAUAGUUGUACCGGAUCCUUUCACUCAAGGUUUAAAAGUUGAAAGAUUACCAGAAAUAAAUGAUGCACCAUUAAUUUAUUAUAAACCUAUAGAAGAUUUAUCAAAAUAUAAUUUGAAAAAACCAAUUGAAAAUUUCUUAAGAAUUCCAGCUCCUGGAUUAAUGAAAAAUAUAUAUAAUGGAUUAAAAUUAACCAAUUCGAAAAAGACAGAUGAAUUUGGAUAUUCAGAAGUUAUAAAUUUCAACCCAAAACUUAUAAAUGCAUUAGUUUUAAAUGUUGGUAUGAAUGCAGUUGCAGAUAGAUUACCAAAUAAUCGAGGUUUUAAUACAAAAACAUCUCAAGUUGCUCUAUUAGUGGAUUUAAUGAAUCAUGGUACAAAUGAAUUUAAAUAUAUAAUGAUAAACAGUAUAGCAAAUCAAUUACGUUAUCCAAACAGUCAUACUCAUUGGUUUAUUGGAAUAAUGUUACAUUUUUUCAGUUCGAAUUCAAUUUGGUCAAAUGGUAAUGGAAAUUCUAAUUCUACUACAAAAUUAAUAGUACAAGAAAUUAUAACAAGAGUUUUAUUAGAAAGAAGAAUUGUUAAUAAACCACAUCCUUGGGGUUUAACUAUAUCAUUUACUGAAUUAGUUAAAAAUGAAAGUUAUGGAUUUUUUGAAUUAUCUUUUGUUAAAAAUUCAAUUGAUGAAAUUAAAGUUAUUUUUGAAACUUUAUCAAAAAAUCUUAAAUAA